GAACAGAACAGAACAAUCCACAAGCACUCCAACAUUGUUCUUCUCUCCAGAUGGCCGUCGUCGUCAAGAGCAACGCAACGAGGGUGGCUUUGUGCGCUGCUCUUUGCAUUCUUGUGAUGGCGUCUUCAGCCCUCUCCAACCUCGUAGUGGUCAAGACGGAUUGUUUCCACAUGGACCCAUGCACUUUCAGGAAGUGCGCCGAUGAGUGUCUGCACAGGGCCAGAACGGAAGACAAGCCCGUGAAGAAUAGCUGCGACACGCCCAAGGAGUGCUGCUGCAGAUACUACGAGUGGCAUCCCUCUCCUCCGCCGCCGCACCACGCCGGAGUAGCUGCCGCCGCAGAGGGUGACGACGGUGGGUUCCUUGGUUGAGAAACCGGAGACGCCGAGGCUAGGAUUUCAUGGAUGCAGCCGAUAUCCGAAUGCAGAAUGCUCUUGCGUGUAAUGCGUUCCAUGAUAUAGCAUGUUUGUAUCCAAAUAAACCUAAUGAAAUAAAUGUGUACUCUUUUUUCCUUU